UCAUAGUCUUUCUAAAAAACUUCAGAAAUGGCAGCAAAUGAUGUCCCUUGCUGUGAACCUAUGUUCUGGUUUUACCUUACUGCAUGUUUUGCUCUAGUUGCUUUCGCAGGUUUAAUGUCAGGACUGACCCUUGGUCUCAUGUCCCUUAGUCUCGUCGAACUUGAGGUCAUAGUCAAGGCUGGUGAACCCAACGACCGCAAAAACGCUGAAAAGAUCCUCCCACUCGUUAAGAACCAGCAUCUUCUGCUCUGUACACUCCUCAUAGGCAAUGCUUUGGCGAUGGAGGCUCUACCAGUCUUUGUCGAUUCCCUGCUUCCAGCUUGGGGCUCUGUUCUGAUAUCUGUGACUCUCAUACUUGCAUUUGGCGAGAUUAUACCUCAAGCUGUAUGCUCUCGAUACGGGCUGAGCAUCGGAGCAAAGCUAUCGAUUUUGGUUAGAUUUAUUGUCAUAGUCUUCUUUCCGUUAGCUUAUCCAAUCAGCAAGCUACUCGAUUUAUUGCUUGGAAGAAGACAUUCUACACUUUUCAGACGAGCAGAGCUCAAGUCAUUUGUGUUUAUGCAUGGAAAUGAGGCAGGAAAAGGCGGGGAACUAACUCACGAAGAAACAACAAUCAUAUCAGGAGCUCUCGACAUGUCUCACAAGAGUGCCAAAGACGCAAUGACACCAGUCUCCAAGAUAUUCUCACUUGAUAUAAACUCUAGGCUCGACGAAAAGACAAUGGGACUAAUAGCGAGGGAAGGCCAUAGCCGAAUCCCUAUAUACUCGGUGGAUCCUACUAUUAUCAUCGGAUAUAUUCUGGUCAAGAACUUGAUCAAAGUCCGUCCUGAAGAUGAGACACCGAUCAGAGAUCUCCCCAUCAGAAGAAUGCCUAGGGUUCAUUUGAAUCUACCUCUCUACGACAUCCUUAACAUCUUCCAAACAGGUCGAAGCCACAUGGCUGCUGUCGUUGGGACCAAGAACUGUACCAAUACCAACACUCAUGUCCUUGACAAGAGCAACAAUGGAACGGAUAAUAAAGAUGGGAACGUUGUUCUGACCAUUCCUGUGAUGAACUCAAGUGAAGUUAAUCAUCAGAGUCCAAUCCGAUACAUUGAUAGCAUUGCUGAUGAAGAAGUCAUCGGCAUAAUAACUCUAGAAGAUGUCAUGGAGGAACUCAUACAGGAAGAAAUAUUUGAUGAGACAGACCGGUAUGUCGAAGUUCAUAAGAGGAUAACAAUAAACAUGCCAAUAUCUGGGAACUCGAAGCCACAAUCGCCGGAAACUGCCACGUGGCAUUCGGAGCUAGCAUCUCCAAUCUCGCCGUAUCGCUCAAGUCCACUGUCGCCUAACAUCAUGAUCUCUACGCUGCUCCGGUCACCGAUAAAUUCACCUUACCGUCAGUCUCCGUUUCUCAGGCCUACACUCUAUGCUUCUCCACCGUCACAGCCUCCUUCGGUGCUCUCUCCAGACAGAAAUGAUCGUGGCUACUAUUUGUCUCCUAGUAGGGUGGGGAAAACGUACGUGAAGCUACCAAGAUCAAAUGAUUCGUAAAACGAAACGGUUGUUCUGGUUAAAAAUGUAUUUAAGUGAAGCAAAAUAUAUUAAUAACAAGAGUCAAAAGACUUUCUCGUCGAUCAUUUUUCAAGAUUCAGGUGAAUCUUACAUAUGCAUGUGAAUUGAAGUGAAGA